UUAAAAAAUUAAAAAAUUUUGUUAAAAAAUUAAAAAAUUUUGUUUCAAAAUAAAAUAAUUUUUUUUUUUUUAUUAAUUUAAGAUAAGAAUUUAUUUUAAUCUUUCAAAUUCAUUUAUUAAUAUAAAGUGAGAAAAUAUUCUAAGAUUUCAUCUAAGGGAAUGUCUAACAAUUUCAGAAACGUGGACGAAAUACCCUCGAGGAAUAAUGGCAGGAUUGACAGAAAUCGGACUUCGAAUCGCCACGACUCUGGAAAUUUUCCUUCGUUUUCAAAUAAUCUUGAUGACGUAGAUAGAACAUUUAGAAGAGAUUUCAGAUGGCCUAAUGAUAUAGCCCAUGAUAAUGCUAAUGCGAAUAGAAGGGCAGACUUCAAUCCAAACAAACCGGAAGUAAAUAAUGCUGCAAGAGAUUUUGAUGCAAAUCGUACCCCGCCACAAGGAAUAAAUGAUAUAACCAACGUAGACCUAUCAGUGAAAACUAACACUGAUUUGCACAGAACUUCCAAAUACGAUAUAGUUAGGAGAGAAGAAGUAUUGGUAGUUAGGCGGGGACAAUCAUUCACGAUUCAAAUUUCUUUCAAGGAGAAUUUCGACCCCAAACUGCACGAGAUCAAAUUCGUCUUCGAUCUAGGGCCAAGUGCCAACGUAAUCAAUGGAACAAAACAGGUGAUUGAGGUAGAAGAUGAGACGUUACCCGUAAAGCAUUGGGGAUGCCGAAAAAAAGCUAUCCAAGGAAACCGGGUUUGGGUGGAGUGUUUGGCAGCCCCAAAUACUGCAAUAGGCAUGUGGAGACUUUCGAUCGUGUCUGCAUCUGUAGCCGAUGCUACCAAUUUUGAUAGGAGAGAAAUAGUUUUUAAAAUAAAGAAACCUAUCUUCAUUCUGUUCAAUCCUUGGUGCAAAGCGGAUUCGGUGUUUUUUGACGAUGAUGAAUGGCGUAAGGAAUGCGUGAUGAGAGAUGUGGGCAAAAUUUGGAUGGGAACAUCGAAAGACAUUCACUCACGUAUGUGGAGUUAUGGACAGUACGAAGAGAAUGUAUUAAGCUGCGCUUUUUUGGCUCUCGAUAUGACUAAAAUGCCUCAGCAACGCAGAAAUAAUCCAAUAGAAGUGUGCAGAGCUAUAUCAGCGAUAGUGAAUUCUUUAGACGAUAGGGGUAUUCUGGAAGGCAAUUGGUCUGGAAGUUAUAAAAAAGGGGUCAAUCCCACUGAUUGGCAAGGUUCGACACAAAUAAUGCAAAAAUACUACAAGACUAGGAAUUCGGUCAAAUAUGGUCAGUGUUGGGUCUUCGCCGGAGUGACCACCACAAUUCUAAGAGCCCUUGGAAUACCAUGUAGAACCAUCACCAAUUUUAAUAGUGCCCACGAUACAAAUUUGAACCUUUCCGUUGAUGAAAUUUACAAUGAAAAGAUGGAGAUUCGGGAAGAAAUUAGCACUGAUUCUAUAUGGAAUUUUCAUGUUUGGAAUGAAUGCUGGAUGACAAGACCAGACCUGCCUUCUGGUUAUGGAGGUUGGCAAUUGUUGGAUUCUACCCCUCAAGAGAAAAGCGAAAACAUACAUAGAUGUGGCCCAGUGUCUAUAAAAGCUAUUAGAAACGGAAACGUAGGCUUGCAAUACGACACUGGUUUCGCGUUUGCGGAAGUAAAUGCUGAUGUUGUCUCUUGGAUUCUCAAGGGAAGGAACAACAGAAAGCCAAUUUUUUUGAAUAGGGAUGAACACAGGAUUGGUCAAUCAAUCAGCUGCACCAAACCAAAUUCCAUUUCCAAUAUGGAUGAUGAUCGACACGAUAUAACAAACGAUUAUAAACCAGAAGAGAAAACUGGAGAGAAUAAGGCUUCGGUUUUGAACGCACUUAACGUAUCAAAGAGUCCUACCCUGCUCUCCUACGGAAGUUCUGAUAAAGAUGUUGAAUUCACCCUAGUGGAUUUAGUCAAUGUUAACCUAGGUGAAAAUUUAGCUAUCAUCUUGAAAAUGUUGAAUUUAACGAAUUCUCAACGAACUUUGACAAUCUCUUUACAUCUAUAUUCCAUUUAUUAUACUGGUAUUAUACAUGAAAAGAUUAAAUCAUCUCAAUUUGAAAAUGUAUCUCUAAAUGGAAGAGAAAGUAGAGAUAUUAAAAUGGAAAUACCAGCCGAAGAUUACCUGGAUCUUGUGAAGGAUGGAUGCAAUUUUCACGUGACAUGUAUGGCAAUUGUUAGUGAGACCAAUCAAGUCUUUUCAAGCGUCGAUGAUUUCAUCAUUUCUAUGCCGACCAUUAAUAUCAAGGUAGAAAAUCUGCCUUUGAAAUUGAAUAAACAGUCCUCUAUAAAAGCUAGCUUUGUUAAUCCCCUCAAAAAAACUCUCAGAAAUUCUAAAUGGAUAUUAGAGGGACCUGGAAUCAACAAGCCUAAAGUGAUUGCUAGCAGAGAUAUUCCAGGAUCAAGUCUAGCUAUGUUGGAAGCUAAUAUAACCCCUCGAGACACUGGGAAUAAGACCAUAUUGGUUAGUUUUAGUUCAUCAGAUUUGAAUGAUAUCGAGGGUUACCUACAUGUCAGCGUUAUACAAUGAAUAAUAAUUUGGAGUAGGCUUAUGAAUUAAAUGCCGACUUAUUUUUUUAAUAUAAUAUUUUUAUCGGAUCGAGAGAUACGAAUUAUUUAUAUAUUCAUCAAAAUGAAUUAAGUUCCUCGAUACCAUAUAUUAUGCCUCUUAUAUAAUUUAAUUUUUUUUCCCACUUUUCAAAUGUUGUAAAACCAAAAAAAUUAUUUAUGUGAUCAAAAAAUUUUGAUAAUGUUUACAAAUUUUAUUUCACAAAAAAUCAUUUUUUCAAAGAUACUUAUUUUAAUACAUUUGAUAUAUAUAAUCCAAUUUACAAUGCAAUUAAUAAUCAAUUACUUAUUUAAUAUAUUUAUUACAAUAUUUUCAUUUAAUUUUGCUAUUUCUUAAAUAAAAUGACAAAUAUAUCACAUUAUAUUAUCUAUCUAAAUAAUAUUCAUAUAUUUAUCCAUAUAUUUUACGAUUUCGAUAAUAUUGCAUUUUACAGGGUAAAGAAAAAUUUAUAUUCCUUCCAAAGCCAAAUUUUACAAAUAUUUUUAUUCUUAUAAGUCAUUUUUUAAGCACCAUUAUUUUUAUAAUAAAAUAUUAUAAAUUUAAAUAAAAUUUUAAGUAAUUAUAAUUUGCAAUAUUAAAUAAUAAUCAUGUUCGACUGCGA